AUGAUGGUGAUAAUUGUAAACGUGGUUUUUCAAAUAUUAUUACUUCUUCAACUCAUACUUUCUUGCAAAAAAGGAAACAAGAACAAGGAUAGAAAGAGUGCUGCAGGAAGCAGUCAGGCGAAUAAGGCGGCUAAGGCAUCUAGUGGGGAAGCCCCUGGAACAAAGGAAAAGGAUAAGAAAGACGAAAGUAAAGAAGCUGAACAG